CUAACCUUUUUUGAAACGAAUUAUCACCGGUGAUGAAAAAUGGAUCGUUUACAAUAACAUCGAUCGAAAAAAGCCUGAUUCUGGGCUCAAGGCUUAUCCCAAAUCUCUGCAGAUUUGGGCAGAUUCUCUUCGUCGAAGAAAUGGUUAAAUAUGGCCGAGAAUUGUAUUUUUUAUUUUUUUUUUUAAUAUUUAUUAUUUUUUUAAAUAUUUAUUUCUUUUUAAAUAUGUUCGCAGAAUUGUACUCUGAAUUGUCUCAAUCUCUGGUCCCUUUCUUUGUCAUUCAUUCAGAGUCGGCUCCGUCUAUUCCGCCACGCAAACCGUAGCUUGUCAAGAUAUUAAGAGCAAUGGUCGAAAGUGAUGUCAUCAUUCUAUCGAACGAUUAAAAAAAGGAAACAGAGGUGUAUCGUGUGCGUUUUAUGGAUAACGGUGCGGCAGUCGACACGUACAUUAGGAAACGCGACUUGAAGCACACUUUAUGGUUCUCGUUCCACGUGAACUCGCAAGCAGUUGAUGGCGAAUGAUUCGAAUGACGAUCGACUCGAUAUCGACGAGGGAAAGCUGUCAAGGAAACCUGAGAACGAGGUUGCAACAGCUACCUCAGCCACGUAGAGAUGAAGACGGGCCAAGCUGAAACUGGGAGAUGUGGGAUCAGCUACCGGAGCUGAUACUGACGCAGAUAUUCAGUCACCUCGGUCGUGAGGAUCGCGCCAACGUUGCACGAACUUGUCAGUCAUGGAACCGUGCACUUUCAUCUCCGGUUCUUUGGCGUUCCGUCACAGUCCUCAUCGAUCGUGAUCUGCGGGGUGACUUCCCAUUGGCGGGAGAACUAGCCGCGAAAUAUGGACAGCACAUGCGCAUUCUAGAGCUCGCUUGGUCGCGACCGUACAUUCUGCCAAGAGAAGCGCGCAUAACUCGUAACAUUCAAGCGGAAGCUGGUACCGAUUUCCUGACGGUCGUUCGUGCCAAGAAUGUCCAACUGAAAAAAUUGAUACUUACGAACUGGAUCUUCAGUUGUAAAUGGGGGAACAGAGGGAAGCUCCUUUAUGCACUUGCAAACUUUUUAGGCUGCCAGCACAACUUGGAAACGUUGAGCUUGCUAAAUGCGAACCUUGGCGUGAGCGACGUACUCCGGCUUCUAGCGAGCGCUACCAGGGGUUCGAGCGAGCAUCUGACAUAUCUAGAUCUUCGCGGCGCAUUCCGAGAAUGGCAAGCACCUCAUAGCAAUUCCAGAUAUUUGCGGCUGCUCGGACGGUUUCGCGCGUUAACCGUUCUUAGGCUCGAUUAUCCAGCGCUGUCGGAUCAAACGCUAAACGCUCUAGCAAACGCGGCGCCGAGACUGCUGAGAAUUCUGCACAUAUCUGUACGGGAUUCCGACUCCAGGCAUCACACGAUCACGGACACAGCUUGGCACAAUUUGGCCGUCGUCUGCCCCGACCUAACAGUCUCCUACACUAUAGAUAUGUGCUAUUUGCUGCUACCCAGUGUGCCAUUGGCUAGGUUUCAAAUGUUCAGCGGCCACGUGUGGGAUCAGAGCAGAUCACGUAACUUCCGAAGCACUGUUGGACUGCUUAUCGCUCAUUACACCAACACGUUAGCGGAAGUAAUGUUACAAUUGAGAAAUAAUCGAGAAAUGCUGGAUGACCUAUUGAUCUGUAUGCUGGUACACUGUAAGCGCUUAACGAGAUUGCAAUAUGACGGUAUACUGAGGAGUCUCGACACUUUACAGGACAUCUGUCAACUCCAAGCUGAAAGCAAGACCCGUUUUCGUACAAUUCACGUGAAGCCCCGCAACGUUAACGCCCGGAAUCGCGUCAUCUUGAACGACAUCAACUACCAGUACGACCACAAGAUGGUGGAACAGGGUGUGGAUUUUCGUAUUGAAGAUCCUGCCUCGGUUCUAGUGUUCUAUUAACGUGUUUUUCGAUCCUUGUGGCUGUCAACGACCGGUAUCUGUUCCGCUGACAUCUCAUGCUAUUACAGCCAGAAAAUAAAAAACUAAUAUCUGCCCAUGUUGGUAA